UUACUUGCAGUGCCAUCUUUGAACGCACAUUUCAUGCAAUAUAUAUAGUAGUGACAUCUAACUGAGUUUAGGUGCAUCUUCCUCAUCACAUUUUUUCCAUUCAAUGUAUGAACAGGUUAUACAAACGUAAACAGAUUCUAAAAUAUGUUUACAAAGUUCUUUCAUUAUCCAUCAAAUGCAAAUUUUAGAGAUAAACUAUGAAUCACGUGCAAGUAGUUCCUACUUUGACAUUUUAAUCAUUGAUUUUUGUUUUAGUAAAGCACUAAAGUAUUGAAUUAAAAAAAUGACUAGUGAAACGCAAAUCACUAAUAUUGUAAAUGACAUUUUAAAAGUGGAAGCUAUCGAAGAAGCUUUUAGUUGUGUUCUUGUACAUCAUCCAAAUAGUGAAAACGAAAAACUAGCAACAUGGCAAACAGAAUUGACUUCUGCUAUGUCCAACUUACCCAAAGAACAGCAAGAAGGUGCUGUAAGGCAAUUUUUAUCUAUGGCAGCAGCUAUGACUAAUCAUAGAAGGCUGCAAUUAUUAUUGUCGCUGCUAGAAAAUUUAGUUACCUCUAAUGUGUUGCCGGCAAGACUUGUAUGCGAGUGUAUAUUAAGUUGUGACAAACUACAGUAUCAGUUAGAAGAUUUUUGGGUAGAAUGCUUCGUCCUUAUUAGACAUAUAAUUGGAGGAGUUGAUUAUAAGGGCGUUAGAGAAAUAAUGAAAGGAUGCAAAGAAAAAGCUCAAACAAUCCCAGCAAGAUUGAAUACAUCUAUUCAACCACAAUUAAAGGCACUAGAGAAUGUAAUUGAAUACAUUUUUGAUAGAAGUGCUUGCCUUUUACCUGGAUAUUUUAUAGUGAAUGAAAUUCAGAAAGCUUAUCCGGAUGGAAAAAAUUGGCCACAUUGGAAACUAGCAAAGCUACUUUCAAAUUUUGUUGAGAGCUUUCGCAACACGGCACAAAUGGUGUCCAUAGUAGGACACUCAAAAAUGUUGCCGGUAGUGGAACAUACCGGCUAUGCAGAUUUGAUUAACCCAUGGGUACUCGAUACAACUACAUUAAAAUUUUCAUUGAAAGGAAAUCUACCUUAUGAUGAAGAUUUGCUUAAACCGCAGACUGGAUUACUUAGAUACGUAUUAGAACAACCAUACAGUAGAGAUAUGGUGUGUUCAAUGCUUGGUUUACAGAAACAGCAAAAACAGCGAUGUGUAGCUUUGGAAGAACAGUUAGUGGAACUGGUAAUUCUAGCUAUGGAACGCGCAGAAAAUGAAUCUCUACCAGCAGAGGGGACAGAUGGAACUGUAGCAAAUCACUAUGUGUGGUUACAUCUCUCGUCGCAACUCAUAUAUUUCGUACUUUUUUCGUACGCUUGUUUCCCCAGUAUCGUAAUGGCAAUACACGAUAAAUUAGCAGGCAGAGACUUAAGAAAGGGAAGAGACCACUUAAUGUGGGUCUUGUUACAGUUCAUAUCUGGAAGCAUCCAAAGAAACCCGUUAUCAAACUUUUUGCCAGUAUUAAAGUUAUAUGAUCUCCUUUAUCCGGAAAAGGAACCAUUACCUGUUCCAGAUUAUACUCAAGCAUUAUGUACUCAUCAAAUGGCCAUUACAUGUAUAUGGAUACAUUUAUUGAAAAAGGCUCAGUCUGAACAUUCAAAUAUUCAUAGACCAAUACCACAUACUUUGAAACUUCAUCACGAAUUUUUACAACACUUAGUUAUGCCAAAUACUUCUCUUUGUAUGGGUUCGGAUUAUCGCAUUGCUUUACUCUGUAAUGCAUAUUCAACAAACCAAGAAUAUUUUGGUAGACCAAUGGCAGCUCUAGUCGAUACCAUACUUGGUACUCAAAAAGGUCAGCAACAACAACCGAUGCAAACAUUGCAAAACAAUGCAGCUCUCGCAAGUGGGCCAACUACUCCGCUAUCAAUGUCCAUCUUAGAUUCGUUAACUGUUCAUUCAAAAAUGAGUUUGAUACACAGCAUUGUUACACAUGUUAUCAAACUAGCGCAGUCUAAGAGUAACAUGGCAUUAGCUCCUGCAUUAGUGGAAACUUACAGUAGACUACUUGUAUAUACCGAGAUUGAAAGUCUUGGUAUAAAAGGCUUCAUCAGCCAGUUACUUCCUACAGUUUUUAAAUCUCACGCAUGGGGAACAUUGUAUACCCUCCUGGAAAUGUUCAGUUAUAGGAUGCAUCAUAUACAACCGCAUUACAGAGUUCAACUUCUGUCCCAUUUACAUAGUCUCGCAGCUGUGCCUCAAACUAAUCAGACUCAACUGCAUCUGUGCGUAGAAAGCACUGCUCUUCGUUUAAUUACUGGUUUGGGGUCUGCCGAAGUGCAGCCGCAACUGUCAAGAUUUUUAUCGGAACCGAAGACUCUCGUAUCGGCAGAGUCUGAGGAGUUAAACAGAGCUUUAGUAUUAACAUUGGCACGGUCUAUGCACGUGACAGGAACAGGAUCAGAUAGUCACAGUGGUACAUGGUGCAAGGAACUGUUAAACACAAUCAUGCAGAACACACCACAUUCGUGGGCUAAUCAUACUCUCCAGUGUUUCCCUCCAGUUCUGAGUGAAUUCUUCCAACAAAAUAGUGUACCAAAGGAGAAUAAACAGCAGAUUAAGAAAGCUGUAGAAGAGGAGUAUCGGAACUGGGCUUCAAUGAGCAAUGAAAAUGACAUAAUAGCGCACUUUUCUGUACCUGGCACACCGCCUCUGUUUUUGUGUCUUUUGUGGAAGAUGAUUUUCGAGACUGAUCGUAUUAGUCCAAUUGCAUACAAAAUUUUAGAGAGAAUAGGAGCUCGAGCUCUGUCAGCCCAUCUUCGAAAGUUCUGUGAUUAUCUUGUGUUUGAGUUUGCUAACAGCGUAGGUGGUCAACAUGUAAAUAAAUGCGUAGAUACAAUCAACGAUAUGAUAUGGAAAUAUAAUAUAGUUACCAUUGACAGACUGAUUCUGUGUCUAGUAUUAAGAACUCACGAAGGUAGUGAAGCUCAAGUAUGCUUUUUCAUCAUUCAGUUGUUGUUACUCAAGGCUAUUGAGUUUCGUAACAGAGUGCAAGAGUUUGUUAAGGAAAAUUCACCGGAGCACUGGAAGCAAUCGAAUUGGCAUGAGAAGCAUCUUGCGUUCCAUAGAAAAUUCCCAGAAAAGUUUGCUCCUGAAGGUAUCAUGGAACAAGCUAGCGGAGGACCUAGUCAAUAUCAAAGUUUACCAGUUUACUUUGGGAACGUGUGCUUACGAUUUUUACCAGUUUUCGAUAUUGUUGUACAUAGAUAUCUAGAGAUUCCAGCAGUUUCAAAGAGUUUAGAAACAUUGUUAGAACACUUAGGAUGUUUGUACAAAUUUCAUGAUCGACCUGUAACGUAUCUUUAUAAUACAUUACACUAUUAUGAGCGAAAAUUGAGGGACAAUCCACCUCUUAAGCGACGUUUAGUCUUAGCAGUUCUGGGUUCCCUCAGAGAAAUCAGGGCAUCAGGAUGGGCACUCUCAGAAGCUUAUCAAAUGUACAUGACUCGAUCUACCGACGAUGUUGUUACUUGGUUACCGGAAUUAGAUUAUUACAUACGUUUAGUUCAAAGAAUCGUCGAAACAAUGUCAGGCACGGCUCAUUUUCCUGCGACUGAUUGGAGGUUCAAUGAAUUCCCUAAUCCUGCUGCUCAUGCACUGUACGUUACAUGUGUUGAAUUAAUGGCUGUUCCUGUUGCUCCAAAUUUAGUUGCUAAUUCAUUAUUAGAUGUCGUCGCAAAAGGGUACACAGUGAUACCAUCAGAUGAAAUCCAUUUAUGGAUAAAUUGUGUAGGAUUAUUAUUAGCAGCUUUACCAGAAUGUUACUGGUCAGCUUUACAUGAUAGACUGGUAGAAACUAUUAGCAGUCCAGGCUUAGCGACUUGGCAAUAUAAUAAUUUAACACCAUUUCAAAUGUUCAAUUUCAAUAAUACCCAUAAUAGUUUAUUAGAAAAUAAGUAUAGUUACAUGUUAGCAUUGGCGCAUUCUGUGUGGCAUCAUGCAGGUGUAGGACAAAUAACUAGUAUGCCUCAAUUUAUUAAAGAGAAACUUCAACCAGUUGUGAAUAGCGAAGAGCAACUGAUAUAUGCUUGCCAUUUAAUUGGCCCGACGUUAGCAAGAUUUAAUGCUGAAAGGCCACAUUGUGUUGUGGAACUAGCGGUUUGUUUAUAUGAGAUGCUGGAACAAGUGGAUCGUCUUCAAUCUCAUUUAAAAUACAUGGAUCCAGUCUGUGAUUUAUUGUAUCACAUAAAAUACAUGUUUGUUGGUGACAUGAUGAAGAAUGAAGUUGAAUGUAUUAUACGAAGAUUAAGGCCUGCGUUGCAAAUGAGACUACGUUUUAUUGCUCACAUAAACAUAGAUGAAAUUCAAUCUUCCUGAGACAAUCCUAACAUGGGCAGUUCGGAAGUAAAUCCAAGUUAAUAUCAAGUAUUGCGCUCAUAUACACAUUGUUUUUCUUGUGUAUGCACCUUUGCAUAAGCAAUGUAUUAUAAAUACCCCCGGAAUUUUAUAUCAGAACUUCAAAGUAUUUUACACUGCAUUUUCUACAUUUUUGUUUAUGAAGUAAGGAAGAUCUACGUACAAUAAAAAUAUUUCAAUGAAUGACUACGUAA